GAAGUGAACACGUGGGUUACGAGUUUCCACGUUCCUCCGGAGGCCGCGGUGCUGAAUUUGUUAUUGGACGACGCUGACUUCUUUUUAACGGUGAAAAAAUGGCAGUCAGAGCAUCUUUUGAAAACAAUAAUGAAAUAGGUUGCUUCGCCAAGCUCACCAAUACAUACUGCCUCGUUGCAAUCGGCGGCUCAGAAAACUUUUACAGUGUCUUUGAGGGUGAGCUGUCAGAAUCGAUUCCCGUGGUCCAUGCCUCUAUAGCAGGAUGUCGAAUAAUUGGUCGAAUGUGCGUUGGGAAUCGUCAUGGUCUCCUGGUGCCAAACACCACCACAGACCAGGAGCUGCAGCACAUCCGGAACUGCCUUCCAGACUCGGUCAGGAUACAGCGAGUAGAGGAGCGCCUGUCCGCCCUUGGAAACGUCAUCGCCUGUAACGACUACGUGGCUUUGGUUCAUCCUGACCUGGACAGGGAGACAGAGGAGAUCCUGGCAGACAGUCUGAAAGUGGAGGUCUUUCGCCAGACGAUAGCUGACCAUGUUCUAGUUGGCAGUUACUGUGCCUUCAGUAACCAGGGAGGACUCGUUCAUCCCAAAACCUCCAUAGAAGACCAGGAUGAGCUUUCUUCUCUUCUCCAGGUUCCCCUGGUGGCAGGCACAGUUAACCGUGGUAGUGAGGUCAUUGCCGCGGGCAUGGUGGUGAAUGACUGGUGUGCGUUCUGCGGGUUGGACACCACCAGUACCGAGCUGUCAGUCAUUGAGAGCGUGUUCCGGUUGAGUGAGACCCAGCCCAGCGCCAUAGCAACCACAAUGAGGGAUUCACUCAUUGACAGCCUCACAUAAAACAUGAAUGGUUUGAGUGGUCUUUAAGUGUGAAGUGGUGACUGCCCACUGAGGAGAGGAACAGCUGAGCAUCAAAUGGCUGAUAAUCUACCUGUCUCUCUUUGGCACAACUCGUUAGUCUGCCAUUUGAGACACUGCUUCUUAAAUUUGUACCAUUAAAGAAAAACAUAAAAAUGUCAUUCUAAUGUUAAUGUACGGACUAAUAGUCACAUUAAGAUGUUUUGUCAUAACUCCUCAAUGUUGUGACAGUCUGAUUUUUGUAAUAGGGCAGUGUUCCUGUAUUAAAAGGCAAGGAAAAUUAUUAUUUUUAACUCAUUAACUGUAAGAGAUAAAAACGCAGGUUCUUUUCACUCCUGUAUCAAAGUGCACAACAUUACAAAUGGAACUUCGUAUGGUCAGCGUAUGAGUGAAUGAAAUGACAUGUUAAAAUCAGUUGUGUCUCCUUUGUAAGUAUGCAGAAUAAAAUAAGUCA